AUGCAGAGCGUAGAGGAUAGCUUGUUUGGGGACGCCAAAGCACGUCUGGCCGCCGCCCUGAAGUACAAGAGCCAGGUGGCUAGCGGCAAGGCGCGGCCCUCGAUCGGCGCGGACGACCAGGGCGGCGAUCGAGCGUCCGGGAGCACCGCAGGCGCCGCGACACCGGCCCCCGGAGCCCCCGCGACCGCCCAGGGCGGCGCGCCCGCGAGGCCCGACAGCUCCGACAAGAGCGACAUCGAGCGGAAGUUCAUGGAGCAGGUCUCUCUGGCUGCGAAGCCCGAGGAGGACGCGUUCCUCUCCGCGAAGGCCGAGCAGACGAAGGCCCGGGAGGCAGCACCUGCGCCCGCUGCGCCCGCCUCGCCCGGGACUCCGAAGCCGCCCGGGACGCGCCUGGGCGGGGUCGCGACCGCCGCGGAGUACAGCAAGCGCCGCGAGCAGGUCGUGUCCGGCACGGGCUCGUUCGACGUGAUGGGGAACCAGGUGUCGGGCAUCGACGAGUCAGACCUGGGCGUCAGAGACCCCUCCCGCCGCGGCACGCGCCAGGAGCGCAUCGACAAGCAGAUGGCGCGGCUGCGCGGGGACGAGGCCGGCGCGGGCGCGGCCGCGGGGGACGGUGCGGGCCCUGCGCUGCGCGGGGGGGGGGUGUCUGAGGCCGGUGUGGUCAGCUGGAAGGAGUGGUGCGAGCGGGAGGACAUCGACGUGAAGGCGCUGCGGGCGGAGGAGUACAACGAGGCGUACGCGCGGUGGCAGGCCGAGACGACGCGCGUCGAGGUGGUGUCAGCCAGCAAGGAAUACAACCCCACGGUGACUACCUGGGGGGUGUUUCCGCGGCCGCGCAACAUCAGCGAGGCGUACGGCGGCGGGCGCGUGAUCAAGCCCGGCGAGUACGAGGACGAGGAUGCCGCGAAGAAGCGCCUCGAGCGCACCCGGCAGCUCAUGCAGAAUUACCGAGUGGCGUCGGGGCUCGUGUACGACCCCGCGGACGAGACCAAGGCGUGGGCGCUGUUCAACGAGGGCAUGGACAUCUUCAGGGACGGGAACCUGACCGAGGCGGCGGAGAAGUUCGAGGCCGCGGCGGCGCUGAUUCCGAAGCGCACGGAGGUCGGCGGGCGCGCGACGCUGCAGCAGGCCAUCUGCCUGGACUCGAUGGGGCGCGAGGAGCAGGCGCAGCAGCUGUACCAGUCGCUCAAGGGGCACCCCGUCGCGGAGGUCGCGCGGCAGGCGUCGCGGAUGCUGUUCGGGUACAAGGCGAUGGACCACCUCAAGGCGCGCAGCAUAUCUUACGCGGCGAGCAGUAAGGACUGGGAGGGGUAUUUCCAGCGGUUUGCGUCGCGGGACGUGAGCUACGUGGCCGUGGCGCCCGAGGAGGAGGAGUUCGACGUGCUUGGCGUGACCGCGGCCAUCGCUGUCAUCGCGCUGCCGCUCGGCCUCGCGGCCGCGCUCAUCGCCGGCGCGUAG